CAAAGAGGCUUUUUCGUUUGAACGCGCCUUCAACUUGUAGGGGUGAACAAAGCGCUCUACUAGCUUUCACGCGAGGAACAGGAUGGUUUCUCUUCCCAUAGUCCAAUAUGAAGAAAAAAUUAUCGAAACCGUUGAGCGGAACCCCGUUGUGGUUGUCAUCGGGGAGACGGGGUCAGGCAAGAGCACUCAACUCUCUCAGAUGCUUCACCGCCGCGGCUAUGGCAAAAUCGCCGUCACUCAGCCACGUCGAGUUGCCGCCGUCUCCGUCGCCAGACGAGUCGCACAAGAGCUCGGCGUUCAGCUCGGCGAGGAAGUAGGUUACGCCAUUCGAUUCGAGGAUAGGACUUCUCACAACACGCGCAUAAAGUAUCUUACUGAUGGAGUCCUGCUUCGUGAAAGUCUGGCAAAUCCUGAGUUGCGUGAGUAUUCUGUUAUCAUAUUGGAUGAGGCGCAUGAACGGAGUUUAAACACGGAUAUAUUGAUGGGUCUGAUGAAACGCCUGGUUAAAGUUCGUUCAUCUGAUCUCAAAGUUUUGAUUACGUCUGCGACUCUUGAUGGCGAUAAAGUAUCCAAAUUCUUUGCUGAUUGUCCGGUAUUGAACAUCCCGGGAAAGUUGUAUCCAGUUGAGGUUCUUUAUAGCAGUGAGCGUCCCUCCAGCUAUCUCGAGUCUUCGCUGAAGACAGCUCUUGAUAUACAUAUUCGCCAACCUGAAGGGGAUAUUUUAAUAUUCAUGACUGGACAGGAUGACAUAGAGAAGUUGGUAUCUAAGUUAGAAGAUAAGGUUCGUGCUCUUGAGGAAGGUUCCUGCAUGGAUGCUAUAAUCCUUCCCCUACAUGGUUCUUUGCCCCCUGAAUUGCAGGUGCGUGUAUUUAGUCCUCCCCCUCCAAAUUGUAGACGAAUUAUUGUUGCAACAAAUAUUGCUGAAACUUCCUUGACUGUUGAUGGUGUAGUGUAUGUUAUUGACUCUGGGUAUGUAAAGCAAAGGCAAUACAAUCCAUCCAGUGGCAUGUAUUCUCUUGAUGUUGUUCAAAUUAGCAAAGUGCAAGCUAACCAGCGUGCUGGCCGAGCUGGACGAACAUGUCCUGGGAAAUGCUAUCGACUAUAUCCCUCCCGUGUUUACAAUGAUGAGUUUUUGGAUGUUACAGUUCCAGAAAUUCAGAGAUCUUCCCUUGCUGGCAGUGUUCUUUACUUGAAGUCAUUGGACCUCCCAGAUAUUGACAUUCUAAAAUUUGACUUUCUGGAUCCUCCAUCAUUUGAGUCCUUACAAGAUGCCUUGAAGCAGUUAUUUCUGAUUGAUGCUAUACAUGAAAAUGGUGCAAUUACAAGUUUUGGACAGAAAAUGGCUGAGCUUCCAUUAGAACCAUCCUUAGCAAGAACUUUAAUGGAGGCAAGCGAUCAUGGUUGCUUAUCUGAGGCUUUGACUGUUGCUGCCAUGUUAUCAGCUGAGACUACAUUGCUACCUGUGCAGAGAAAGACUGAGAAAAAGAGAAAACACUCAAUAUCUAACCUUGCCGAGGGUUCUGGAUUGGGUGAUCACAUUCAUUUGCUACAAAUAUACCAAUGCUGGGAUCAAAGUGAUUUUGACAUUGGAUGGUGCAAAGAUAACGGCUUGCAGGUGCGAGGGAUGUUGUUUGUCAGAGAUGUCCGUAAGCAGUUAUCCCAGAUAAUGCAGAAAUUAUCAAAGGGACCACCGGAUGUAAAGGCUAAUGGGAAAAGGGAAGAGUUCAGACAAGAUUAUCGAAAUUUAAGGAAGGCUUUAUGUGUGGGCUAUGCAAAUCAGCUGGCUGAAAGAAAGAUGCAUCACAAUGGUUAUCGAACUCUGGGUUUCCAAGGUCAAGUAGUGCAGGUGCAUCCAUCAUCUGUGUUGAGUCUUGAUGACCACGGAAAGUUCCCAGACUAUGUGGUGUACCAUGAACUAAUUGCAACGCCACGUCCAUACAUGAGAAAUGUAUGUGCUGUUGAGAUGAGAUGGGUUAUACCCAUUAUUAACAAGCUCAAGACCCUAGAUGUGUACAAAUUAAGUGGUGGUAUUCAUCAUGUUGAGGAGGAACCUGUGAAAAAUCUUCCAGAUUUACCUAAGAAGGAUGUUGAAGUUCCCAGUACUGCUGAUGAUCGUGAAAGCAGAAUCCAAGCUGCUAGAGAACGAUUUCUUGCUCGAAAAGGCAAAAAAUGAGCCUGAAAGGAUGGCGCUCCAAAUACACUGCGGAGAUGAUGCUAGCUUGUCAGGCAUUCUUUUACAGGGGUGCAACUAAUAAGGUUACCUGAACGGAUGCAAGAGUCUAGAUGAGCUGAUGCUUUUGAGUUUUCCACGUUGUCACCAAUUUUUGUGCUAUGAUGUUAUCCCAGCUUCAUUGUUCGCAAACAUUAGAAAGUCAUCAGAAGGUUUAGCACGAACCUGAGAUUGGUCUCAUGCCGUUCAUGUAAGUUGAUUGAGCGGCUGAAAUGCAUGUCAUGUUUAUGCUCUUGAUUUGAAUUAUACCCAGAAUGGAGAAAGGAAAAAGGAAGAGGAAGGAAAUGGGAGACAGAAAGUAGCAAGUCCGCUGACAAGUAAAUGUUGAUUAAACACUUGAGGGGUUUUGAAAUGCAAUCCUGGUUGCAGACAUCAGACUGAGAUAAUACCUUUCAGUGGCUCAUAUUGCCUGAGAGUUCAAUUUCAUUGUUGUUUGAUAUUGGGCCUAUUUGGAUUGAGAUAAUGCCUAGCUGAGAUUGCAUUUGAAGUUAAACUUACACUAUAGUAGUUAUGUAUAUGAAACAAGGUCGAUCCUUCUAUAUUAGGGUGUUGGUUCUCUACC